AGUAGGACUACAAAUCCCAAAGCCGUUUUAGCGCGUUUGAGGAAUGCGGGGUGGGCUCAUUUUUCCGGGGCUACCACUGUGCAUAUACCACAGCCAUCGGGGUUUCUAGCCAUGAACGGUUUGAGCUGAGCUUCGUGGUCCUUCCUCGCUUUAAACACUGCCCGACCUGUCGAAUUUAAGUCCGUGAAACCGCCUCCAAAUCUGUUUUAUUUUUGCCUUGGCUACAUAUCACAAUACAGCCUCACAUCUGGAUUCGUCACGGCUCAGGCUGAAACAGACAUAUCAUCUCUCACUCUGAUACAUUGUUGCGUAAAGUAGAAAUGCAGUUAUAUUCCGACAACCUGAGUGCACAGAGGCAGAAACAUAGGCUAGAUGUAUAGGUAGAUGCAUAAAAUAAUUUAAAUCAGAAUAUAUUUUUUUUGGAGGGGGGGAACGCAGCACACAUAAAGGGAUUGCUUUCGAGUUUUAUACACUGGCGAAAUCAGAAGAUUUAAAAGCUGUCCACCACUUUCUGAACAGCGGUGUGUUGGUGUCUCAGGAGGACAGGGACCUGGAAACAAGCAGAUAGGGAGCAGGAGCUACAGGGGCUACAGGGGCCACGGUGUCUAUCUGCUCCUCAGUUCCCCUGUGAGGCUGUCUUUGUGUCAGGGAUCAAGAGGUGGACACACACACAGACAAGGACUGUCUAACAGCAGGACUGCACCACUUUGCAGGGCACUGGAGGGACACUGGGCAGAAGGUUGGCAUCUGGCUGGCAGAGAGAGGGAAGAGAGUGGUAAUGUGGUGGGCAAGCGACUGCAGUGCCGAGAUUACAGAUUUGGAGAUUAGGGAGAGCAGCAGGUCAGGGCACAUCAUCGUGACAAAGCCUGCACUUCCACCAACACUACACAGCAGAAUUCAAUUAAACCCUACAGCUACUGGCAGGCAGUGGCCCAGCCUCACAUACACUCACACACAAAUAUACAAAGAAUCUCCACUGCUGGACAGCUGCUGAGCUCCCCUUUCCUCUUGUCCUGUUUGAUGUUCAGCACCAGAUGGGAUUUUUUUCUUCUGAUUGAUUUGUCUUUUUUUAAUCCAGACACUCAUAGCCUCAGUUCCUUUCAGGGCAUUCAUUGGUAAGCCCUUCUAAGGUCCUCAUAUCUACUUUUCUUAAGACUCUGUGGCAAUCCUCUUUGUCAUUACGGCCAGAAUGCUUUGAUUACUUUAGGAGGUUUUACAGUAUUGCUUUUUCUCUGGCUGAAGAGCACAGGAAUUCUGAUGGUCGCGCAGACUUUUUGAGGCCAAACUGCUAUGAAUAUUUGUGCCCAUAUUCUCUGGAGGGCUGGUAGAUGCUCAGUCUGCCACACAGAGACACACACCACUCACAGUCUCAAUGACAACUAGACUACAGGACACCUGGCCCUAUGUUCUAGCAGAGGAGAACACAAGGUCCUGUGUAGCUCUGCUCUUUCUGCAAGUCUCAGAAUCUCCAAAGUGGAUCUUCUGACAGAAAAAAUAAAGCUUGCGCGAGACAGGGGCAGAGAAGUGAGAAGAGAGAGGGGGAGACGUGUUAUUUGUUCAGGUUGACUAGAGACUCGAUGGCACUUCUUUCAUGCCAGCCUGCCUGCAGUCGCCGCCGCCUUUUACCCUCCUUCUCCCGUCUAGCCCGCUAGAGCAUACUAAUCAGAAGACUGCUUCAGCACUUGACAGAGGACCUCCAAACACCAGGGUGGGCUACUUACAAGGACGGCUGAGAUGACACUAAUGACUCGCUACCUGACUUUUACCAUGGAUAUCACUAUAGGUGGAUAUGACUGCUAACACAGCGUGAUAAGCUCUGACAGUUUCUCAGACUCUAGCAGUGUACAAUUUGUGCAGAGUUCGUCAGAGUUUUGUAUGUGCAGACACUGCUGGAGCUCCCAUCCAGGACUGGAGCAGUGCAGGGAGUGGAGAGCCGGGCUGGUGGGUGAUAGGUGUGAAGAGGGGAAGCUGUGUGCGGAGAGACGGAGAGAAGCAACAGACAGACUCUCUGACAAACUGUUUAGUGUGAGACACUGAGAGACUCGCUGUGGAGCAGCGGCUCUCCCUCUCUCUGUCUGUCGCGCUGGGAGAGUGUUCUCUCUGAGCCAGCGUGAGCCAGCCAGCACACUGAGUGGAGCUGAGGCCAGCAGGGUGGGGACGGUGGCAGGAAACGGCGCAUGGAAUUGGGGGGGCCGGGUGCCCUCCGUCACCCAGCACAGGGAGGGGCACUGGGGUUGGGGCUGGGUGUGGGGCAGCCCUGGAGGGGUGAAGGUCCAAAGGUCAGGGGAGCUGAGGCCCAUGUUGACAGGCGGGACCAGCGUGGAGCGGGGUGGUCGGACGGCAGGGGCCAGGGUCGGCGGAGGGGGCAUGCGGUGCUCAUUGAGGGUGUGGGUUCUGCUGGGCUCCCUGGGCCUUGCCUUUCUCACCUCCCUCUUCUUCUCCAUCUCUCUGAGGGGGGGCGUUGGCCUGCCCUACCUGGAGCCCCCCGGGUGGGAGAAGUCCAGCCGAGUCAAACUAGUGCCCAACUAUUCUGGUGUCCACCAGCUGGGCCCACUGGAGAGCACCCAGCAGCAGAAGACAUGUGCCUGUCCCCGCUGUGUGGGGGACCCUGGGGUGUCGGACUGGUUUGAUGAGAACUACAACCCAGACAUCUCCCCUGUGUGGACACGGGACAACAUCCAGCUGCCUUCAGACGUCUACUACUGGUGGGUGGUAAGUGAUCCAGCUGAACAGCUUCUAUGUUUUACUCCAUUUUACCCAUCCUCUAUCGUUCUUCUGGUCUCCCUGGAAAGAACGAGAGCAGCUCUGCCAAUCAUAUUAAAGGAAGGCAAGCACAUGAUGUGUCUGUUAAAGAGGACAUUGAGAUUACCUGUGUCUGUCAGGAUCAAUCUGGCUCCCACGCUGGGCUAUGAGGAGGACGCAGGCAGCCACACCACCCACCACUUCAUGUACCCAGAGAGUGCCAAGAACCUGGCAGCCAAUGUCAGCUUCGUCCUGGUGCCCUUCAAGACCCUGGACCUGCUGUGGAUCACCAGCGCACUCUCCACUGGACAGAUUCGCUUUACCUACGCCCCUGUGAAGCAGUUUCUACGGGUGGACAAAGACAAGGUUCAGAUCUUCAAUCCAGCCUUCUUCAAGUACAUCCAUGACCGCUGGACCAGGCACCAUGGCCGCUACCCUUCCACAGGCAUGCUAGUUCUGUUCUUCGCUCUGCACGUGUGUGACGAGGUGAAUGUGUUUGGCUUUGGCGCUGACAGUCGAGGCAACUGGCACCACUAUUGGGAGCAGAACCGCUACUCUGGAGAGUUCCGGAAAACAGGGGUGCAUGAUGCAGAUUAUGAGGCCCUGGUCAUUGACUCGCUGGUUAAGGCUGGCAAGAUCACCAUCUUCCCAGGAAAGUGACGAGGGCUGGAGGUGUGUUGGGCUGGACAGGUUUACAGGAACACCGGAACACCCAUCACCACAAGGAUUUUUUAUGUUGUCAUCUGCUUCUUUGUGCUUUGCAUAGAGAGGGAUCCAAAACAGUACAUUAUACAAUGCCUGCUAAUCAUGUUCCCAUUGUGCAGGAUGGUAAGAUGAUGGUGGUUUUGGGUCGAACUACAUGUGAUUACACUCUGCCCCCAACAGGCCUACUACCUCUAUAGAAACGACAGAACUAUAGAGGGGGCAGAUAAGUCUGGCCUAGCCACUGUAUGGACCUGUGAACCAGUCCCAUCCACGAUCCCCCCUCUUGCUCAGCCAUUGGGGGUUGAGUCAUCACACGCCUUGGGGGUCUCAAGCCCAGAGACUCAGCCCCCUUCCACUCUGUCGCCCCCACCAUAAAUACCAUGGCAACCAGUGACGGUCACUGAGCUAUCCCUGCCAUGUCCACACCCACCUGCAGAGCUGCUGCUAAAGCCCUCUCUCUAGCCACACCUGCAUGGAGCUGGGAGUACUAGGUAGUUGACUAGGUAGUUGAAGUUUACAUGCUUUCAAGCCCAGAGGCUACUUCAAAAUAAGACUUCCUGUUAUAAUUACAUGACUAUCAUGUUGAAGGUAUGUACAGCCCACAGGGAUUUGACCACAUAUACGCUAUUAACCCUUUUAUUUGUGUUAACCAUUUUAAGUGACUAAUCAUCUUGCUGAUUAGGUAAAUUGGGGAGAGGCUUACACACGGUCAACAACACAAGCAGACACAAACACAAGCAGACACAAACACAAGCAGACGUACAGAUAAGACUAAAACCACUCAUUCACACAUAUACUGUACAGUGCCUUCAGAAAGUAUUGCACCCUGAAUUCAAAAUGGAUUAAAAAACAAUAUCACCAAUCUACACACAGAGCCCAUAAUGACAAGGUGAAAACAUGUUUUUAGAU